AUGUGGGAAGUGCUAGUGCGACAGCGAACCUUUCCUGUCGCUCUUACUGGUGAUAUCAUGAAAGCGUUUCUCCAGAUUCGCAUCAGAGAAGCAGAACGAGACGCACUACGAUUUCAUUGGACGACGACCGGUGGAGAUUUGAGAACUCUUCGGUUUACGAGAGUCCUAUUUGGUCUUUCCUCAUCGCCAUUCCUUCUUGGGGGAGUGAUAGCCUCACACCUAGAACAAUGGAGACGCCAUCGGCCCGAAGACGUAGCAGAGCUCGAACGGUCCCUCUACGUUGACGACAUCAUCAGUGGUGGAGAAACUGUGGGCCAAGCGAAGCAACGGAAAGAGGCAGCGAUUAACAUCCUCGAAGACGCGACCUUCAAACUUCACAAGUGGGCUUCGAACGUGAGUGCCCUCGAAGACAACACAGGAGAGUAUGAGGCAGUCGAAGACCAAACUGCUGCCAAACAGCAGCUUGGCGUAAACCCGAACGAAUCAAAGAUGCUCGGAAUGCCAUGGAACAAAGCCAAAGAUUCGCUGAGCGUCCUGUUUCCAAAGGCUGGAGGCAAGACAACAACAAAAAGAGAAAUCCUCAGUAGACUCGCAAAGAUAUAUGACCCGUUGGGCAUUGCGUCUCCCCUCACCUUGCAAGGGAAACUGAUCUAUCGCGAGACCUGUGACGCCAAGUUACCAUGGGAUGCCGAACUCGAAGGUAGCCUACGAAAGCGAUGGUUGUCGUGGGAACAAUCAACGCCCUCAUCUGUGACGGUACCACGACCGAUAGCUCCAUACCAGGAACACAUCAACAAAAUUUGUCUUCAUGCUUUUGGAGACGCGAGUGGCCAGGGAGUCUCUGCUGCUGUUUACGGAGUGAGUAAACAAGUUUCGGGUGAAACACAGAUGCUCGUCGCAGCCAAAUCUCGUCUCGCGAAGAGGGGUCUUACCAUUCCCAGACUUGAACUCAUCGCGGGACACAUGGCCGUUAAUUUAAUCACAAAUGUCGCUAAAGCUAUCGGGGAGGACAAAGUUAUCGAACAGCAUUGUUGGUUGGACAGCACCGUGGCCCUUUACUGGAUUGAAGGAGCAGGAGAGUAUCGGCAAUUCGUUGCAAAUCGCGUUGCAAAGGUUCGUGCGCACACAUCUGUCGAAUGGCAUCAUGUUCCCACAGAUCAGAAUCCUGCAGAUCUUGGAAGCAGAGGAGGCCAGUUGACGGAGUUGUGGUUGAACGGUCCACGAUGGUUAGGAAACCCAGAAAAGUGGCCAGAAAGUCCAAUCAUCCAACCAUCUAAAGAAUCACAAGCUGAGGCAAAGAUUGUCCGUGAGGUCCUGUGCGCAGCCCAGACAAACGCAGAGAGCAAUGAUUUGGAUCUUGUCCUCGAGAGAAACGAACUGCGUCGAACAUUGAGAGUCACUUCGUGGGUGCUACGAUUCGUUCACAAUUGCAGGAACCGAGAGAAACGAAACGGGCCCCUUAGUGUUUCAGAGACAAACGAAGCAAAGCAAUGGUGGAUCAAACGAGUCCAAGAUAAAGCUAGCAAUACUCCACAAUUCACCCAAACGAAAGAGGCCCUCAACCUCAAAGAGAAUCCAGACGGCGUGUUGUUAUGUCAUGGGAGAGUACAAGGAGCGUACCCAAUCUACCUGCCAACCACUGCUACGUUUACAAGGAAGUUGGUCCAGCGAAUCCAUACCAUCACUUUGCAUGGCGGUGUCGGUUUGACCAUGGCUGCUAUAAGAGAAACAUAUUGGAUCCCGAAGCUUAGACAGCUGGUGAAAAGAGUGCGUAGUGAAUGUUGGGGAUGCAAGCGGUUUCGGGCAGUAGCGUUCAAGACGCCUGCACCUGGCUACCUUCCAAAGAAUCGAACCGUCGGAGAAACAGCGUUCGAAGUCGUAGGUGUCGAUUUCGCCGGCCCAAUUCGGUACAAGAAAACCAAGAAGGAAGCAAAAGCCUACCUAGUAAUCUUCGCGUGCAGUUUAUCUCGAGCCAUCUAUUUGGAGUUGCUUCCAAAUCUAACGACAGAGAUUUUCAUCCCCUGUUUAAAGAGAUUUAUUGCCCGUCGCGGUAGACCUCGUGUGAUCUAUUCUGACAACGGCGGGACGUUUGUGAAAGCAACGAAAUGGCUUAAGAAAGUUCAGAAGGAAGAACAGUUCCAUGAGCUUCUCGAAGAGUUCGAAAUCAAAUGGAUCUUCAAUUUGUCUCGGGCCCCAUGGUGGGGGGGUCAAUUCGAAAGGUUGAUCGGAGUCGUCAAAAGCUCUCUCAGGAAAGUAAUCGGGAAGGGAAUCCUAUAUUGGAACGAGCUGAGCGAAGUUUUACUCGAUGUAGAAACUCAGAUAAACAGACGACCGCUGAGUUAUGUCGAAGACGACGUGGAGCUACCGGUGUUGACUCCAGCGAGUUUCCUGUUCCAAAGAGCUAACCACUUGCCAGAACUUCAACCACACGAAGAAGAAGACAAGGAUCUGCGAAAGAGACUGAAAUUCCUGAGAAAAUGCAAAGAUCAGCUGUGGAAUCGGUGGAGACGAGAGUAUCUGACGGCACUACGCGAGCGCCAUAGGAUGCGUGCAGGAGGUACGAGUUCGAAAGUUUCGAAGGGCGACGUAGUUGUAGUUCAGACAGAUGAAAAGAGCCGUGGCAGUUGGCCUCUAGCUGUGGUGACAGAGACGUUUCCAGGUAAAGACGGGGUGACGCGAGCCGUGAAGGUGAAAACAGGCAAAGGAGAACUCGAACGCCCGGUACAGCACCUUUAUCCCCUUGAGCUGUCCUGCGACGUACGAGAGAAAAGGAAGAAAGGCAAGAAGUUAAACCCGAAUGCCCCGACCUUCCGUCAACGAAGAGAUGCAGCAGUCGCAGCUGAUGCAAGAAUUCAAGAGACAUUGAAACUCGAACAGUAG